AUGAGGCGCACGCCCGACGUCUCCUGUGUUCCGGGAAGCGGUUCCCCAUCGGAUUCACCGCCGGUGCCGCCAUCCGUCGAUCCACCGUGUGCGGCGUACCCUACGUUUGACUUGUCGCGCUUAUCAAAACAUGAACAGCACAUUGUGGAGGCCCUGGUGGCGGAAAUUGCCGACGCCAUCGCAUUCCCCGGUGCAGAGGAGUGA